UCGAGAAAUGCUUAAGAAUUUAGGAAAUACCCGAAUUCGUCAUGGUGUACCAGGACCACCUAACAAAAUUUGUUAUUCUUCGACCACUGUCAUCAAAACGUGCAGCAGAGAUUGCUUAUCAACUGUUAGACAUAUUUCUCACUUUCGGUGCCCCUGUUAUCCUUCAGUCUGAUAAUGGCCGUGAAUUUGUGAAUCAGAUUAUCACAGAAUUAGCAUCAUUAUGUCCUGAACUCAAAAUUGUCCACGGAAAACCAAGACACAGCCAAAGCCAGGGGUCGGUUGAGAGAGCAAAUCAAGACAUUGAAAACAUGUUAGCUGUGUGGAUGAAAGAUAAUAAAACGACCAAGUGGGCAGAAGGAUUAAAAUUUAUUCAAUUUAUGAAAAAUAGAUCUCUGCAUUCCGGAAUAAAACAGGCACCAUAUAAAGCAAUGUUUGGUACGGAUCCAAAAGUUGGCCUCUCUACUUCUAAGCUACCGAGUGACAUUAUAAAAAAAAUCCGAACUGAAGAUGAUCUUCAAGACGUGCUGAAGAGUAAUGACAUAGAUGAAAAUGACGAUGCAAGUGGAAGUUCAUCAUCAGACGACUCAAUAGACAGAAGACAAGAAGAAAUUAUGUCCGCUAGACAAGAAGCUGCAGAAGGGCUAGAAAGGCAAGCCAAAAAAAUGAAAACAGUUUCUGAUAAACAUCAUGAAGCGAUUGAAGUUGGAGACAACAUAAUAAUUCCAAUUCCGGAUGUGGAUAAGGCGAAAAGUGACCUUAGGAACGUUGUUGGAGUAGUCUUAGAAACAGUGGCGGAACUACCAUAGGGCAAACCGGGCGUAAUCCCGGGGCCCCGCGACUUUGGGGGCCCCGCGAUUAAGACGAUUUAAUUAUAAAACUUAGAU